AUGGCUCUUUCUCGUGUUCUUUUUCUCUUUGCUCUCAUUGCUACUAUCUUUUCAACCAUGGCUGUGGCAAAAGAUUUUGUAGUUGGAGAUGAACGUGGUUGGAAAUUAGGGGUUGAUUAUCAAUAUUGGGCUGCAAACAAAGUCUUUCGUGUAGGGGACACACUCACAUUCAACUAUGUUGGUGGUAAGGACAAUGUGGUGAGAGUGAAUGGAAGUGAUUUCCAGAGUUGCUCAAUUCCUUGGAGAGCACCAGUGUUAACUAGUGGACAUGAUACAAUUUUAUUGACAACCUAUGGAAGAAGAUGGUACAUUUCAGGUGCUGCUCAUCACUGCAAUCUUGGCCAAAAGCUUUUCAUAAACGUGCAGCCACCACAGUUUGGUUGGUCUCCAGUACCCUCACCUUCAGCCUCCCCGUCACCCUCACCUGUGCCGACUCCUGAAGCAGCACCACCUUCAAAUGCGCCAUGGGCUGCUAGCGUGCAGACAUCAGAAAUAACUUCGUCUCCGGUACCCUCACCCUCACCUACACCGGCCCAUGAAGCAGCACCGUCUUCAAAUGCACCAUGGGCUGCUGGCGCGCAGACAUCAGAGAUAACUUGGUCUCCGGUGCCCUCACCUACACCGUCCCCUGAAGUAGCACCGCCUUCAAAUGCACCAUGGACCGCUGCCCGCCGGUCCCUACUGCCAAAGAAGCUAUUCAAAAUGAUUCACAGAAAUUUGAUAGCUGUUUGA